AUGUUCUCCCCCAGGCUCUGUGCCGUCCCCGCGGCCUCGCCGUCCCGCGGCCGCAUCACCACCAAGAACCUGGCUGCUUCCUAUACUGCUGGAGGCAAGCUGGUUCUCCGCAUCGCCACCGCCGCCGUGCCGCCACGCCCGUCCUUCCCCAAGGGCACGAGCCUGCGGGCGAGCGUUUUGGAGAUCCUCGUGGUUCUGCGCCGGCUGGACAUGGCGGGGGACGUGGAGAGGAUGAGCCAGCUGGAAGGCAUGCUGAGGGCCAUGAGACUGUUCGCAAGGUCGACGGCAGCUACUGUGCCUGGCAUCAUGUGGCUGGGCGAGGCGAGCAGCAACGUGCCUGGACAGGAGGUUGGCAAGUAA